CUAACAUUUAGCUGCACAGAAUUACAGUAAGCGGUGCUAUAAACCCAAGUAUGCCUCAGUCACAUAAUUAAUCUUUCUCCAUAUGUUUUACAAAUAAAGUGGAACAUCCUGAAGUGGUUUUGCAAGCCCAGAGCCACUUGGUUUCUUAAUUUACCAUUUGCCAUAGCACUUGCAUUCUUCUGUAUCACUUUACUAACUUAUGUGCAGUUCUGAAGUUCUUACAAUGCUGUAAAACAACAUGUGGGAGGCAAAAGUAAACUGCUUCUAUGAUCCAGUACAGUCCCCAGCCUGAGAGACUUUUCAGAGCUUUGGUAAACUUAACCCCACCCCUCCGGGCAGUCCUGAUUUUUAUUUAUAUGUCUGUGGUCCAACGGAGUUCAGAUGGAGUGCUGUGUGCGUGUGUGGAGAUGAGCUGAAGUCAUGAGCCUGGGCUGUUGGAGUGGUUUUAAUCAGCAACCCGUUAGAAGAGAAUGGAAAACGUCUGACAGGGUGAAGAACUAAGUCGGACACUGCUUGCCUUUCUCUGUUGGGGGCCUCUCAUUUCUUGUCUGCUGAUGUCAUGGAAGAACUCAAGUCCAGAAGUGAUGGAGAGAGAACUUGAGUACAAAGAGCAUACCUUUCUGCCUUUCUUUCAUACUGGUAGAAAGCAGCCAGACUGAUUGCCCCUAUAAUGUGGAAAUGGGACAAAUCAGAAAUCUGAGGUGCCAUGGCUUGUCGGCAGAUUGUGCCUGGUCGGAGAUGGUGUCGUUUUCGCCCAUUCCUGAUGGUGCUGGUUCUGGCUGCCUAUCUCUUCUACCAGACCCUGAUGCCUUUAAGAUCCAAGAGACCAACAAUUCCUACAAGUGGCAAUGGAUUACUGCCCAGCAAAGCAGCUGAGGUGCAGCGUCAGACACACCAAAUCCUUGCAAGGCGAGUCAGUUGCUUCCUUCCUUCUAACAAACAACAAGGGCAGAAGGAGAUUGAGGAUACCAGUUUUAAGCUUUUCAGUCACAAAGCUGGGGAAGCCAUACUGCACAUCCCUUCUUCUAGCGGUGGACAGGAUCUUCCGUUAUAUCAACAAAUCCUUAUACAACACAGUUAUAGAGUUACAAUUGCCGAAGAGAGGAAGCUAAGCAGACAUGAAAAUUUAAAUUCAGAUGAAUUAAGGUCAUGGGACCUUUUGAUUUGCCUCUCAUCUAACAAAGCUGACCAUGAAAAUUGCAUAAAUAUAGUGAAAUCAUAUCAACCAACACUACUGCAAAAGGCAAAUGUUCUCUCGCAAAUCCAGCAUCUGCUUUGCAGAAAGGAAGGAUUGUGCCAAAUAAUGAGAACAUUUCCAGAUUUGCAUCUUCCAAUUAUUUCUUCUGCGUGCCCAGAAUCAAAAAUUACACCUCUUCAUACACUCAAAUCAUACGAUAAGAAUGAAAGGAUGACUUUGAUUGAAACAUUACAUCAGCCAGUCAAGGCUGUUCACCAACAUCCAAUUCCCAUUAAAACAGAAAAUAAGGAAGCCUUUAAAAUUCAAGAUUUUUCGAUCAUCAUCAAAGUGUAUGUGUUGGUGUCAUCAUUAACACCUUUACAGGCAUUCAUUCAUUCAACUGGAAUUGUCUGGGAUCUACCUAAGAAGAAGCAUUUUUCAGUCAAGUUGCAAACAUUUUUUCAGACAUUUUUGAGGGCUGCUUCUCCUCAGCAGGCUUUGGAUGACAUGAAAGAGGCAAUAAGCAAACUCUUGUUGAUAACUGAGGUUUUCAGCGAAGCAGCAUUACCUCAGCCACAAACUACUAGUCAAUGCAGUUCUUGCUUUCAGAUGUUAACUUUUGAUGUUGGAUUUGGACACACUUUUUAUCCUAUUGUUCUUGAGGUACAUGAAUAUUUUGAUUUUCAAGCUGAUGAAGAUUCAUUUUCAGAGGACCAAACUGUUAAAGAAAUUCUUCUUAGAGAUACAUUCAGUAUCCUCUUAUCAAAUCAAACGUCUGCCUCCACUUUCUUUGAAGCUAUGCAGAAUGUAUAUCGAUCAGCAAGAAUUAAGGAUGACCAUUUCAAGGAGAAUUCUGAUUAUUGCCUAACAUUAGAAGAAUUAAAUCCAUUGAUUAGUUUUGUGAAAGGGAUUCAGAAUCCAGGGCAAUUUGAAUUGCUUUUACCUUCUGCUGUUCCUAAAAUCCAUUUUUUGCUGCAUGAUCUUUAUCGUAUGAUGAACUCAGGAAAAAAGCUUAACUCCAUCUUAGCCCUUCAUUUCUUCCUUUCAAGUUUACUUAAACAGUUCCAAAGAAUUAACGAAGUAGCAUCUGCAAACCUUCCAAAAGGGCAAAACCAUUCAACAAAUAAGCCUUCGAUGACAGCUAAAUGGUCAAAUCUUGGGAUUUCUUAUUCAGAAAAAAACAACAUUCAACUAAGAGUAUCCUCCCCAGUCAAGGAAAAAGAUAAAGAACUGCACAUUUUAAAUCUGGCUAAAGAAAUGCAUUGCAGUCAUGAUAAAGAUACACUACCUCAUAUCAGGCAGAUCAUCACUAGCCCACAUUUGAACUUAAAUCCUAAUUUUGACCCAAGAAUCAAAGAAUACUACACUGAGGUGCCUUUUGAUCUUUUGACAAUCAAGAUUAGAGCAGAACCCAUGAAUUGUCAAUGUGAAGCUCACUUGGAUGAGAGACAAGGACCAAGCUCUGCACAUUACCCACUUGGAUUAGGUAUAAACAUAGUAAUUAUUGUGGUAACAGACAAGUCUCGAUCAGUCAAUGAAAUUGUGAGCAUCUACAAAAUCAUCAUUUUUCGUGAAGACCGUCCAAGCUUGCCAUUAUUCGAUGAUUUCAUGCUGUGUGGUUUUGUACAGGAUUGUGGUUCAGUCAUUCAUCCUGAGGAAUCCUGUGGUUUGCAGCCUCUCUCUGCUGAAUACCUGUCAACUGUUUCACAACCACAGUUGAAGACAUGUGAAAUGGGGGAUGUAAAAGGACAGUGGGUUGUUCCUUGCCUUAGUUGUUCUGAUAAUAGAACUUGUGAUUGGAGGCAGAUAACAUGGCAGCCAAGAAAUUGUCAGUACCCUGUUCUUAAUAAACGAGAACUCCAAAAGUGUGUAGAAAGAAAAAAGGUUCUUUUCAUUGGUGAUUCCACUAACAGAGGAAUGAUGUAUUACCUGAUAGAGAGAGUGAAUGAUACCCUUCAAGAAUGGCAAAAGGCACAUGGCAUGAAGUUUUAUCACAAUGUGAACAAUGGGAGCACUUUUAUUAGUUAUUCAUAUUAUCCCCAAUUCUGGAUCAGUGUCAGCCAAAGACCUACAUUUGAAGAAGCUCUAGAGCAGCUGCUAUUGAGAUCACAGCCAUUAGAGAAUACAGACCAGACAAUACUAGUUAUUGGUGGAGUCCAAUGGCUUAAUUUUAGUCACUUGCAUAUUAUUCAAAAAGUACUAAAGCGAAUGAAUCUCUCAAAUAUAAUGGUAGUGAUAAAAUCUCUAGGAAUGGGCUUUCAUCUACCAGUAGAUCGAGUGCAUACUUUGUCAUCAGCAGAAAUACAGAAUUUGUGGAAAGAAAAUCUUGCUAUUCUAAACACUGCAAAGCACUAUGGCUAUGAAGUGGUUGAUACUUUCAUUAUUACGAUGGGACGGUACAAGGAAUUUUUGCAAGGGAAAUGUGGAUGUCAUUUCCAUGAGGUGGUGAAAUCAAAGGCAUCUGAAAAAAGCUUUCCCACAGCAACAGCUUUCUCAAGACUCCAUGUUCUGGGCAAAUAUUUCAAUAACCAAAGCAACCUUGCAAAACUACAAGCUUCUGUAUCCAAUUCUCAAUCUCCUUAUCAUGUGAGAGGCCCAAUCAAUCAAGUUUGUUCUGAAAUACUCCUCAGCAGGAUCUGUGGGAACAACAGAAAGGAUGCCAGCAUGUAAUUUUGAAUGGUAGGCAUGUAGAGCUCAAAGACUCCCCACUUUCCCAUGGAGUGGCCCUCUGAUCUUCUCAGAUUUAGUACACAUUUCCUUGAAAGGCGGAACAAAUUAGCAUAAUUCAAGACAUGUGGGCAUUUCAUCAAAGCCUUAGGAAAUCAAGAUGGAUCUUCAUAGAACUGUGGUUUCAGAGGGAGAAACAGAAGCACAAGUGGCAAAAGCAAGAAGGAAGAAUUACUUGAAAUAGCGCCCAACAAAUCAGAUGUAAGCUACGUUUAUGCAAUAUUGUAUGAUAGAAUGUACUGUAAUACACUAUCUCAUUCCAUGUUUAAAGGUUUUAUGAUUAUAAAUGAAAAAAAGCAAUAGAGGAAAAUGUACUUUUAACAUUUGCAUUGACAAAAUGAUGGUAUCAGUUGUAAGACUGCAACAAAAAAAAAUCUCACAAAAGGUUUUUGUCCAAAUUAAUUAUGUGCCAUCAAGUCAGUGUCGACUCCUAGUGACCACACAGAUAAAUCUUUUUCCAUGAUGAACUGUCCAUAACUUGGUCUUUUAGUUCUUCCAACAAUGCAUAUAUCAACUCUGUAACUGAAUGUAUCCACCUCAAUGCUAGUUGUCCUCUUCUCUUUCCUUCCACCCUUCCCAGCAUUACAACCUUCUGUAGAUCACAUGAAAUGACGUGUCCAAAGCAGGAUAAUUUGAGCUGGAUCUAGUGAGUAUUUUGGGUUGAUCUUGUUCAAAUUAACCUAACAUAGUUAAAAUGCUAGGUAACUUCCCGUUGUUGCUCUAUUGCACUGAUUGAGGUUACACAAGUACCACGUGGUUGCAUGAAGAAGUUUUGUUCCUUAUUCUUUGUCUUCUGUUGUUAAGAUGAUGCAGGUUUCAGAAUGUUUGUCUGCCAACAGAAGCAGACUUUAAAGAAAAUUGCCCAUAUAAAUAUCUUUGUUUUAUAUGGGCAAUCUUCUUUAAACAUUGCCCAUAUACAUAUAUUUUUAUAUUUAUAUUUACAUUCUAUAUCUUUAUUGCUCUUACAUUUUCCUUCUUCCUCCUCCAGUAGUGGAACUGAUUUGAGAACUUCUAAACAAAAUUAUUGUACUGUUUAGCAAAACCAUUUAAGUAUAGGGAAAGAAACUUCAACUUGUACCUUGGAUCAAGGUAAUAUAGGAGCCAGUUUGGUGUAGUGAUUAAGGAAGGGGUAUCAAGCCUGAUUGCAUUGCGGGCCAUAUCAUGACACAUCAGGAUGUUUUUGUGCCUUUGCGAGGCUGGAGUGGACAUGGUCUGCACGGGCCACAUCCAGCCUGCGGGCCACGUGUUUGACAUGCCUUGAUUUAAGGCAUCAUGAAUCAAGGCAAAUACAGUGUCCUAGGAUAAUGCUGCAGGAACCAAUCUGGGCCAGUCACCAGGACCAAAGGUUUAAUCUUCCGAGCUUUCGGAUUCAUGUUGAAACCCAUCCUUGGGAAACUUCUCUCUGCCGGAAUGUGUGCUUUGGGCUGUUCUAUGCGUAGUAUUUACAUGGUGCCUGAUUGGGUCUGGUUUCUUAUUUGUUGAUAUGGGUAUUGGUGGCUGGCUAUUGUUUCCUUGUGCUGCCAAGUCCUCAGCUCCUAAGUACUUGAUAAACUGGUGGUAAAUCAGCAUUCUGGUUGACUGACAAGGAGCCCUUUUCUCAGGCUUCAGUCAUUUCCCUCAUUAUAUUUGUAUCUGCUCAGCCAAGGCAUCCAGCUAGAAAAGGUAUCAGGUUAGAAACCAGGAGACCAUAAGUUGUAGUCCUACCUUAGGCACAAAGCCAGCUGGGUGACCUUGAGUCAGCCAGUUUCUCUCAACUCUAGGAAGUAGGCAAUGGCAAGCAACUUCUGAAAAACCUUGCCAAGAAAACUGGAUGGAUCGUCCUGGGAGUCUCCAGGAAUCAGACACAACUGAGCAGAAGAAGAAAAAAGUAUGAAAGAGUCUGGUUUGCUUAAAAACCAUGUAAUGAGGUUGUAGUUGCACGGUUUUAAUUGGUAGCAAUUUUUUUGAUUUACAUUUUUUUAUCAAUAAGUAUAUACAUUGUAUUUUCUUUUGCUCUGCCAGAAAUCACGCCCAAAGGCUAAAGGAGGUUACAGAAACUUAGAUUUGCUCAGCUCAGUGGGAUUCUAUAUGUGCCUGGUAGUCCAGUUUACCUUGUUCGGUGUAUAUUGCCAAUAGAACCAUAGCAACAGCAAAACAAUCUCAUUUUCUUGCAAGCGUUUUCUGCAAGGUAUGGUAAAAGAGGUCACAAUGGUAGCCGUGACAAUAGGACACAUAUUAAAAGAAAUGGGGAGAGCUUUGAUCUCACCACCAUGGAUGCUUUCUUGACUUUUCUGUGAUAUCCUGCAGACACCAUUAGUCCCUGCAUUUGAACACAAAGUUUUGCCUUUGGCCAUUUCACUGAUAGGAGAACGCAGCACUUUCAAAAUUUCUCCCUGAAUAUAAAUAUUUUUAGUAACCUUACAGAAAUGAUUAUGCAUGUAUUUCAAAUGAAAAAUUACAUACCAAGACUAAACUUGAAGUAACUUGUAUUAGUGCCAAAGGUAAACCUGAAAUAAAGAUAAACCUGACUUACUGAAGAGUCUUAAAAUAAUUAUAUUUACUUAUAACUUGAAUAUUCCUAUGGAUACAAAUUCUGAUUUUUUUAAAAAAAAACACAUUGAGAGGUGAUCCAGAUUUCAGAGAACUUGAUUACCUCCCAACAGCAAAUCUUUAAAGAGGAUUGCCUGUAUAAAUAUCUUUAUACUGAAAGUAAUGUUAAAGUUGGACUCAUACAGAAAGUCUUUUUUUAAAAAAAAAACUAAAAUGAAUUUUGGUUAGGUAAUAAAUUUCAUGUUGGCAAAUGUGCAGUGUGGUUUCUGCAUGUUCACCAUUAUAUGGUUAUCCUAUGCUGUACUUUGCUGUGUUUCAUGUUUCCCAGAUGUCGCUAUUUUGAAAGCAUCAUUUCAGUGCUGUAUUUUUAUGGACAGAUUUUAUGUAAACUUAUCACUGUAACAUGCAAAUCAACCUAAUAUGAAUACAGACUAUAGAUGUUUAAAAGUGAUAUCUAAAUUGUAAUUAGGCAAUAGUAAAUAUAUAUAAAAUAAAUAUUGAUACACUGUAUGAUA